AUGGGAGAUCAGACUACGAAUCGUCCCGAAAUGGUGGAGGCAGCCAGAAAGUUCAUGCUCACACCGAAAGUUCGAGAUACGCCAUUCGAAGAACAACGGCAGUUUCUUCUUGGGAAAGGCGUAACGGAAGCUGAAAUCCAAGAGGCUCGAGCAUCUAUUCCUCCUGAUUUGGUCACUCAAAAUGGAAAUAUGGCACACUACACCCCGUACGCGGGAGAGCAGCCUCAAUCGAAUAAAAUCCUCUCGUUUGCUCAAUCAGUGGCCGUCAUCGGCUGUGUAUCAUACGCCGGCUAUCGAUUCCUGCGGUCUUUUGUUUUGCCCCGAUUCUUCGACAUCCCUGAUCCUGCUACCGAAGAAGUACGGCAGUUACAGGUCCAAGUUAAUGAGUUGCAAAAUUCCAUCAAGUUUGUUCUGGACAGCAUAUCACAAACGACAACUAUGCUCGCUGCUCAGCAGCAAGAAAUCAAUCGCGCACUGCUUUCGGUAACUCAACGUGAUGCGGAUGUCAGCCGUGUUGAGGAAGGUAUAUCGACAAUCAAGAGCUUAUUACUAAGCCAACACAAUUUUGCACCUAUCCUUGCACCCACAGCCAAAGCGCAUCAGCUUCCAAGCUGGCAGCGACCAGAGGCAGAGUCCUCUUCACACACAUCAGCUGUUAACUCUGGCUACACGACGCCACCUGCAAAUUAUAAAGAUAUUACAGAGGACAUGGGUAGUAAUGGAGCUCUGAGCUCUGAUAGUGUUUGA